AUGGUGCAGGCUUUGUGGUUUUGUGGGUGGGGAUUUGGGACUUUUCUUUAUUCGGUGGGGGAUUUGUGCGCUGCUUGGCUUGCCUGGGGUGGCAAGCUGGCACUCUUGGGUGUGUGUGAUUGGCCUGUGACAGCUGCCACAGCCGUGCUAGAGGUGCCACAAGUGCCAGCUGAGAACUUCGCUAGAGGGGCGUUUUUAGAAGCGUGCUUUCUUGCCCAGUUUCGACAAAGGAAAGCUCAGUGUGAUGGGCAGAAUCCUUCCAAAAAACAGAAAAAAAAGAAGAAAACUUUGAGCAGUCAGCAGGAUAUGUCAGCCUAUCAUGCCAUGAGUACAGAUCAAUCCCAGACUAAUGAGAUGGUCAUAAGUAGUUCUCAGAGAGAAGGAGCAGCCGUGACUCCUGAAUCUACAGUCAUGAGAACUUUACACAGUGGAGAAAUAAUCAAGCAUGACCAGGUCUUCUCUGUUGAACCAGAAAGUGAAAUUUCAACCACAGCAGAUGAUUAUAGUUCAGAGGUAAAUGGUUGCAGUUUUGUGAUGAAAACAGAAAAACCUACAAAUUUAUUAAGGGAAGAAGAAUUUGGUGUUGAUGAUUCAUAUUCUGAGCAUGGAGCACAAUACAGUCAGACUCACCUAGAGAUGAUGGAAAAUGAGUUGGCUGGGAAACAGCAUGAGAUUGAUGAGCUAAACAGAGAGCUAGAAGAAAUGAGGGCCACCUAUGGGACUGAAGGGCUGCAGCAGUUACAAGAAUUUGAAGCUGCCAUUAGACAAAGAGACGGCAUCAUAACAAAGCUCACUGCUAAUCUGCAGCAAGCAAGAAGGGAGAAAGAUGAGACAAUGAGAGAAUUUUUAGAGCUGACAGAACAAAGUCAAAAAUUGCAGAUUCAAUUCCAGCAUUUGCAGGCUGGUGAAACGCUGAGAAACAGCACUCAUAGUAGCACAGCUGCAGACUUACUACAAGCAAAGCAGCAGAUCCUCACUCAUCAGCAAAAGCUGGAUGAACAAGACCACCUCUUAGAAGAUUAUCAAAAAAAGAAAGAAGACUUCAGAAUGCAAAUUAGUUUCUUACAAGAGAAAAUUAAAGCAUAUGAAGUGGAACAAACUAAAAAAGUAGAAAACUCAAAUAAAAAAGAAAUACACGAAAAAGAGGCAGUCAUUGAAGAAUUAAAUACAAAAAUAAGGGAAGAAGAAAAAAAGUCUCUUGAGUUAAAGGAUAAAGUAACAGCUGCUGAUAAGCUCCUGGAAGAAUUACAAGAACAGGUUUUACAAAAGAACCAAGAGAUAAAAAACAUGAAAUUAGAGCUGACUAAUUCUAAACAAAAAGAAAGACAAUGUUCUGAGGAAGUGAAACAGUUAAUGGGGACAGUCGAAGAACUUCAAAAGAAAAAUCAUAAAGAUAGCCAAUUUGAAAAUGAUCUUGUGCAAAGAAUGGAACAGGAAACACAAAGAAAGUUAGAACAACUUCGGGCAGAGCUAGAUGAAAUGUAUGGCCAGCAGAUAGUGCAGAUGAAACAAGAGUUAAUAAAACAACACAUGUCACAGAUGGAGGAACUUCAAACACAACAUAAGGGAGAAAUAGAGAAUGCUUUUAGAUCAUAUCCAGAUAUUUCAGUUAAUGAAGAUCAAAUAAAGUUAAUGAAUGUGGCAAUAAAUGAACUGAAUAUAAAGUUGCAAGAUACUAACUCUCAAAAGGAAAAACUCAAGGAAGAACUAGGAGUAAUUUCAGGAGAAAAGUCUGCUUUACAGAGACAGCUUGAAGACCUUUUGGAAGAAUUAAGCUUUUCAAGGGACCAAAUCCAGAGAGCUAGACAGACAGCAGCUGAACAAGAAAGUAAACUCAAUGAAGCAUAUAAAUCUCUUAGUACAGUGGAAGAUUUGAAAGCUGAGAUUGUUUCUGCAUCUGAAUCAAGGAAAGAACUAGAAAUAAAACAUGAAGCAGAAGUCACAAAUUACAAGAUAAAACUUGAAAUGUUAGAAAGAGAAAAGAAUGCUGUGUUAGACAGAAUGGCUGAAUCCCAAGAAGCUGAAUUAGAGAGGUUGAGAACACAGCUUCUGUUUAGUCAUGAAGAAGAGCUUUCCAAACUGAAGGAAGAUUUAGAAAUUGAACAUCGAAUAAAUACUGAAAAACUUAAAGAUAACUUAAGUAUUCACUAUAAACAGCAGAUAGAUGGAUUGCAGAAUGAAAUGACACAGAAGAUAGAAACCAUGCAGUUUGAGAAAGACAGUUUGAUAACUAAGCAGAACCAAUUAAUUUUGGAAAAUUCAAAAUUAAAAGAUUUGCAGCAGUCCCUUAUGAAUUCAAAAUCAGAAGAAAUGACUCUUCAGAUCAAUGAACUUCAGAAAGAGAUUGAAAUACUCAGACAAGAAGAAAAGGAAAAGGGUACCCUUGAACAAGAAGUUCAAGAACUGCAACUUAAAACUGAAUUAUUGCAGAAACAAAUGAAAGAAAAAGAGGAUGACCUUCAAGAAAAAUGUGCACAAAUUGAAGUAGAGAAUAACAUUCUUAAAGAUGAAAAGAAAGCCCUUGAAGACAUGUUAAAAAUAUAUAUUCCUGUUAACCAAGAAGAAAGAUUCAUAGUCUUGGACUCCAGUAAUUCCAAAUCCAAGGAUGGUAGCUUUCAAAAAGAAAUAGAUAUACUUAAAGAGGAAAACAAGAACCUCAAAACACAAUGCCUUCAGCUAAAUGAAGAGAUUGAAAAACAAAGGAACACUUUUUCAUUUGCUGAAAAAAACUUUGAAGUUAAUUAUCAAGAGUUACAGGAGGAGUAUGCUUGCCUUCUCAAGGUAAAAGCUGAUUUAGAAGAAAGUAAAAACAAGCAAGAAAUAGAAUAUAAAAGUAAACUUGAAGCACUUAAUGAAGAGCUUCAUCAUUUGCAGAGAAUAAAUCCAACUAUAGUAAAAAUGAAAAGUUCAGACUUUGACGAUGAAAAGACUUUUAUAACAGAAACACUGGAAAUUGGUGAGGUGGUGGAGAAAGAUACCACAGAGCUUAUGGAAAAACUUGAGGUAACCAAGCGAGAAAAAUUAGAACUAUCAGAGAGAUUAUCUGAUCUUUCUGAACAAUUAAAGCAGAAACAUAGUGAGAUUAGUUUUCUAAGUGAAGAAGUUAAAUCUCUAAAGCAAGAGAAAGAGCAAACUUUAUUGCGAUGUAGAGAGCUAGAAAUCAUAAUUAAUCAUAAUAGGACAGAAACCGUAAAUGUGUUUGAUGUUCAUCCAGGCUCUCUUAAAGAUAGACUUGUGGCUGUGACAAGUAGCUGUGACAUUGGAGGGCCACUUUCUAAAACAAGUAAAGGGUUUCAUGAUGAAUCAAAAGUAAUGGAGGAAAAUAAAAUCAAUUUGGAAAAUAUGACUACUGGGAAAGCAAGCAAGCAAGAACAGUUAUUUUUGGAUCACCUGCCAUCAGUGACAAAUAAAUCAACAUUUGAGGGAACUGAACCUAGUGAAAAUAAUCAACUUCAGCAGGAACUCUGUGUACUUAAAACAGAGCAGAAUGAUUUAAGGCUACAGAUGGAAGCCCAACGCAUAUGCCUCUCUCUUGUUUAUUCAACUCAUGUGGAUCAGGUUCGUGAACAUAUGGAAAAUGAAAAAGAUAAAGCUCUUCGCAAUCUUAAAGAGGAACUUAUUUCUGCUCAGGAGGAAGUGGUCAAGGAACUUCAGAAAAUACAUGAGUUAGAGCUACGGAAUAUAAAAACCCAAGAAAUAGACAUAAAAUUGGUAGGUUUAGGGGCAUUACAGCCAUGCACUACAGAAGAAAUAACCUUUCAUUGCAUUGUUUGUGUUUUCCUUAAGAAAAUUACAUUGAAAUGUCUUUUCUUUUAUUCAUAUAACUUAGAUGUCAGUCAUAAAAACAAGUUAUCUUCUCUGCAAGAUAGCAAAAAUAUCAAACAACUUGAAUUGCAAGUUGAAGAACUAGAAAAGCUCACGUCCUCUUUGCAGCAACAAUUGAAAGAAACUGAAGAAAACUCUGCAGCAGAGAUUCAUUCUUUGCAGGAAAGGCUUCAGGCUGUUAAUGAGUCUUCUCUUCAGCCAAGCUUCUCUGCUAAUUCAAUGGUAAUUACUGACUCUGAUGUACGGAAAACAGUUUACCCUGGAGGUUGUCUUCAACAGAAUAUUGAUGGUGCCAUCGAGCUUUCUGAUGAAUAUGGAGUAAGACAAGAGACAAGGAUGAUAAAGUUGCUGGAAAAACAGUACCAAGAACAAUUAGAAGAAGAAGUAGCUAAGGUCAUUGUGUCAAUGAGUAUAGCAUUUGCUCAACAAACUGAACUGUGUAGACUCUCUGGGGAAAAAGAGGAUACCGCAUCAUCAAAGCAGCCACAUGCUCUCUGUCAGCAAGAUGAACACCAUACUUUAAGUGAAGUAAAAUUAUCACAGGACCAUGUUGAUUUUGAGACUCUUGAAACAGCAGACAUGAAAUUUAAAGAAUUAAAACCACUUAGUAAAGAGUUAAGAGAAGAUGGAAAGCAAGUUCCAUUAUCAAGUAAUGAUAAUUUUGAUGAAAUUCUAGACUCAAAGGACCAUGAACUGGCUAUUUCAGGAGAAAUGUUCUUCAAAGAUAAAACUUUUACAUUCGGAGAAUCUAUCCAUGAUGAGAAUUUGGUAUCAAACAUGGAUGCUUCUAGACAGCUAAUGUUAAAUGAAGAACAGUUAGAAGAUAUGAGACAAGAGCUUGUAAGGCAAUACCAAGAACAUCAACAAGCAACAGAGUUGUUAAGGCAGGCACACAUGCACCAGAUGGAGAGACAGCGAGAAGACCAGGAGCAACUACAAGAAGAGAUUCAGAGACUUAACAGGCAAUUAGCCCAGAGAUCCUCCAUAGAUAAUGAACACCUGGUUUCAGAGAGAGAGAGGGUGCUUUUAGAGGAACUGGAAGCACUAAAGCAGCUAUCUGUAGCUGGAAGAGAGAAGCUGUGUUGUGAGCUGCGCAACAGCAGUACGCAAACACAGAAUGGAAGUGAAAGCCAAGGGGAAGUUGAGGAACAGAUCUUUAAAGAAAAAGAAUUGGACAAAAAACCUGAAGACGUGCUUCCUGAUAUUCAAUCCAAUGAAAGGUAUGCACUUCAGAAAGCUAAUAACAGACUUUUGAAGAUCCUCUUAGAAGUUGUAAAGACAACCGCAGCUGUGGAAGAAACAAUUGGUCGUCAUGUCCUUGGGAUUCUUGAUAGAUCUAGUAAAGCACAGUCAUCUGCCAGCCUGAUUUGGAGGUCAGAGGCAGAAGCACCUAUAAAGUCAUGCAUCCAUGAGGAACACACAGGAGUUACAGGUGAAUCCAUGCCUUCUUUUUCUGGAAGUGACUUGCCAAGAAACGACAACAGCAUAUGGUCCAAAGUCACUGAGGAAGGAACAGAAUUGUCACAGCAGCUUUUGAGGAGUGGUUUAACUGGAACUGAAAUAGACCCUGAAAAUGAAGAACUCAUGCUGAACAUUAGUUCUCGGCUACAAGCAGCAGUUGAAAAACUUCUAGAAGCCAUAAGUGAAACUAGUAGUCAGCUCGAACAUGCAAAAGUGACGCAGACAGAAUUGAUGCGUGAGUCGUUUAGACAGAAACAAGAGGCAACAGAGUCCCUGAGGUGCCAAGAAGAGCUGCGGGAACGCCUUCAUGAAGAGUCGAGGGCCAGGGAGCAGCUGGCUGUGGAGCUCAGUAAGGCUGAGGGUGUUAUUGAUGGCUAUGCAGAUGAGAGAACUGUUUUUGAAAGACAAAUUCAGGAGAAAUCUGAUAUGAUAGAUCGUCUUGAGCAGGAGUUGUUAUGUGCAGGUAAUAGAUUACAGGAAUUGGAAGCAGAGCAGCAGCAGAUCCAAGAAGAAAGAGAGUUACUGUCCAGACAGAAGGAGGCUAUGAAAGCAGAGGCAGGCCCAGUGGAACAGCAAUUAUUACAGGAAACAGAAAAGCUAAUGAAGGAAAAACUAGAAGUACAGUGUCAAGCUGAAAAAGUACGUGAUGACCUUCAAAAACAAGUGAAGGCUCUAGAAAUCGAUGUCGAGGAACAAGUCAGUAGGUUUAUAGAGCUGGAACAAGAAAAAAAUGCUGAAUUAAUGGACUUAGGACAGCAAAAUCAAGCACUGGAAAAGCAGUUAGAAAAAAUGAGAAAAUUUUUGGAUGAGCAAGCUAUUGAUCGAGAACAUGAGAGAGAUGUAUUCCAACAGGAAAUACAGAAACUAGAACAGCAGCUUAAGGUUGUACCUCGCUUUCAGCCUAUUAGUGAACACCAAACUAGAGAGGUUGAACAGUUAACAAAUCAUCUGAAAGAAAAAACAGACAGGUGCAGUGAGCUUUUGCUAUCCAAAGAACAGCUUCAGAGGGAUAUACAAGAGCGAAACGAAGAAAUCGAGAAGCUGGAAUUCAGAGUAAGGGAACUGGAGCAAGCCUUACUCAUUAGUGCAGACACUUUUCAAAAGGUAGAGGAUCAAAAACAGUUUGGAGCUAUAGAAGCGAAAGCAGAAUUGUCCCUAGAAGUACAAUUGCAAGCUGAGCGAGACGCCAUAGACAGAAAGGAAAAAGAGAUCACAAAUUUAGAAGAACAAUUAGAACAAUUUAGAGAAGAACUGGAAAAUAAAAAUGAAGAAGUUCAGCAAUUACAUAUGCAAUUAGAAAUACAGAAAAAGGAAUCAACUACCCGCUUACAAGAACUUGAACAAGAAAAUAAAUUAUUUAAGGAUGAAAUGGAGAAACUGGGAUUUGCCAUAAUGGAAUCAGAUGCUACCUCUACUCAGGACCAACAUCUUCUAUUUGGGAAAGUUGCUCAAAUAAUACAGGAAAAAGAGAGAGAAAUUGAACAAUUAAAUGAGAAAAUUACAAAACUUCAGCAGCAACUUAAAAUUACAACAGAUAACAAGGUUAUCGAAGAAAAAAGUGAACUGAUAAGGGAUCUUGAAACCCAAAUAGAAUGCUUGAUGAGUGAUCAAGAACAAGUGAAGAAAAAUAGGGAUGAAGAAGUAGAACAGCUCAAUGAAGUGAUUGAAAAACUUCAACAAGAGUUGGCAAAUAUUGAACAGAAGACCUCAGCAGAUGCCAGUUCCCUCCAAGAAGAAGCAGAUAGUUUAAAACAUCAAUUGGAUAUGGUAAUAGCUGAAAAGCUGGCUUUGGAAAAGCAAGUAGAAAAUACUAAUGAAGAAAUGGCCUUCACAAAAAAUGUCCUCGAAGAAACCAAUUUAAAAAUGAAUCAGCUAACGCAAGAAUUAUAUAACCUAAAGAGAGAAUGUGAAGACAUGAGGAAAACUCAGAGUGUACCAGAGACAAAUAUUAACAUGGUUGUAGAUAAUCUAAGCAAAGAUAAAGCUGAACUGGACAUAGUCCUUACUAACGAUACUUUUAAGUCUGGAGAAAGUCAGACUUACCUCAAAUCUAUUGAAGAAAACAGCCAAGUGUCUGUAAGUAGUUUGGAAACAAAGUUGCUACAACUUGAGAGCACUGUUAGUACAAAGGAUUUAGAACUAAUGCAAUGUUAUAAACAAAUAAAACACAUGCAAGAGAAGGGUCAGUCUGAAACAGAAAUGCUUCGAAAGAAGAUUGUAAGCCUACAGAAAGUACUUGAAGAAAAAGUUGCUGCUGCUCUUGUGAGUCAAGUCCAACUUCAGGCACUUCAGGAAUAUGCUAAAUUCUGUCAAGAUCCCCCAGCAGUUUCCUCAAAACCCAAAAGAACAAGUAACCAUAAUUUAAAUCAAUCAACAGAAAAAGAGAUGGAGUCAAAUGUGUCUGCAUUAACCUUGAGGAUAUCAGAAUUAGAAAGUCAGGUGGUAGAAAUGCAUUCUAGUUUGACUUUGGAAAAAGAGCAAGUACAUAUUGCAGAGAAAAAUGCUUUGGAGAAAGAAAAGCAGCUGCUUGAACUACAGAAGCUGUUGGCAGACAGUGAAACAAAGCAGGGAGGUGAUGAAAGGAAAACAAGCGCGCAAGGAGAUCUUGAAGUCCUGGAGACAACUACUGAGCUAUUUCACACCAGUGAAGAAAGUAUGUUUUUUGGUGAACGUGAGACUCUUGGAGCUGAGUGUGCAGUUCCUAAAGAACUUGCCAGUUAUAAAGAAAAGGCAGACAAGCUUCAAGAAGAGCUUUUGGUUAAAGAAACAAAUGUGGCAUUUCUUCAGAAAGAUUUAAGUCAAGUUAGGAAUCAACUCACAGAGGCAAAAGCAAAAUUAGCCUACUUAGAAAAAGAAGAUGAGACAGAGGAACGAGAAAACAGAAAGAUCUGCAUCUCCGAACCACUUCCUGUUACAGUGAGUAGAAGCUGUGCAUCCCAGACAGAUGGAACACUCAAGGUCAGCAGCAGCGAGCAGACUCCACAGAUUCGUGUGAGAAAUGCAGGAAUCCAAAUUGAUUUGCAGAGUGAAUGUUCAUCAGACGAAGUCACUGAAAUAAUCAAUCAGUUUACUGAAAAAAUUGAACAGAUGCAAGAACUACAUGCUGCUGAGAUUUUGGAUAUGGAAUCCAGACAUAUUUCAGAGACGGAAACUUUGAAAAGGGAACAUUACAUUGCUGUUCAGUUACUGACAGAGGAAUGUAGUACCUUGAAGGCAGUAAUUCAGUGUCUGAAAACUAAAGAGGGAUCCUCAAUUCCUGAAUUAACACAUUCUGACUCUUACCAAAAUAGAGAAGUAUGUUCCAGUGAUUCUGGAUCAGACUGGGGUCAGGGAAUUUAUCUUACACAAAGUCAGGGAUUUGAUGCAGCAUCAGAAGGCCAAGGAGAGGAAGGUGAAAGUUCAACAGAUUCAUUCCCAAAGAAAAUAAAGGGGUUACUGAGAGCUGUUCAUAAUGAGGGCAUGCAAGUACUCUCUCUCACGGAGUCUCCCUAUAAUGAUGGAGAGGAUCAUUCUGUUCCUCAAGUUUCAGAAUCUUGGCUAGAAGAGAGACGAGCUUACCUCAGUACAAUUUCAUCUCUUAAAGAUCUAAUUACCAAAAUGCAGGUGUCAAGAGAAGCCAAGGCUUAUGAUAGUUGUCAGUCUCCUGAGAGCUGCUCAGACUGGCGAGGAGAGCUUCUGACUGCCCUUCAGCAAGUUUUCUUAAAGGAGCGUGGGGUCCUCCUAGCAGCAUGUCAGACUGAGCUGACGGUUCUAGGUACCAGAGAUGCAAUUGGCUUAUUAAACUGCUUGAAAGAGAGAAUGCAAGAACAGGUUCUUGAAUAUCAAGCAGCUAUGGAAUGCCUCCAGAAAGCAGACAGAAGGAGUUUGUUAUCUGAAAUCCAAGCACUAUAUGCUCAGAUGAAUGAUAGGAAAAUGACUUUUAAAAAAGAAAGCGAUCCAUCAAGCCAAGAACUUCUGGAAUAUAAUAUGCAGCAGAAGCAGUCUCAGAUGCUGGAGAUGCAAGUGGAACUCGGCAGUGUGAAAGACCGAGUGGCAGAACUGCAGGAGCAGCUGAGUUCUGAGAAAAUGCUGGCUGCCGAACUGAAGAGCGAACUCGCACAAACGAAGCUGGAACUUGAGACCACACUCAAGGCCCAGCACAAACACCUCAAGGAGCUAGAGGCAUUCAGGUUGGAAGUUAAAGAAAAAACAGAUGAUGUACAUUUGCUUAAUGAUACAUUAGCAAGUGAACAGAAAAAAUUGAGAGAGCUCCAGUGGGCUCUGGAGAAAGAGAAAGCCAAAUUGGGACGCAAUGAAGAACGGGAUAGAGAAGAACUUGAGGAUCUCAGAGUUUCACUUGAGGGUCAGAAACAAAAGAAUACUCACCUAAAUCUACUUUUGGAACAACAGAAACAGCUUCUAAAUGAAUCACAGCAGAAGAUAGAGUCGCAAAGAAUGCUGUAUGACACCCAGCUCUCAGAAGAACAAAGUCGAAUCUUAGAGCUUCAAGUCCUUCUUGAAUCUGAGAAAGUUCGAAUUCGGGAAAUGAGAGGUACCCUGGACAGGGAGCGGGAAUUGUAUGCCCAGCUACAGCGCAGUGAUGAUAAUGGGCAGCCUCGGCCAUCCGCACCAUCUGAAGACCUGCUUAAAGAGCUGCAGAAACAGCUAGAGGAAAAACACAGUCGCAUAGUAGAACUGUUAAAUGAGACUGAGAAAUAUAAAUUGGAUUAUUUGCAAACAAGACAGCAAAUGGAAAAGGAUAGGCAGGUUCAUAGGAAGACUUUGCAGACGGAACAAGAAGCCAACACUGAGGGACAGAAAAAAAUGCAUGAGCUUCAGUCCAAAGUGGAAGAUCUUCAGCGGCAGCUGGAAGAGAAAAGGCAACAAGUUUAUAAGUUAGACCUUGAAGGAAAGCGACUGCAAGGAAUUAUGCAGGAAUUCCAGAAGCAAGAGCUAGAGCGAGAAGAAAAACGAGAAAGUAGAAGAAUUUUGUAUCAGAAUCUUAAUGAGCCAACCACAUGGAGUUUAACCAAUGAUCGAACUAGAAAUUGGGUUCUUCAACAGAAAAUAGAAGGAGAAACAAAGGAAUCAAGCUAUCCUAAGCUGAUUGAAAUCAAUGGAGGAGGAAUUGGAUAUAACCAUGAAUUAGAAAUGGUCCGACAAAAGCUCCAUUGUAUGGUUUCAAAAGUACAACAUCUCGCUCAGAAAGCUUCUAACAGACUGCAGUUUGAAACAGCUGAUGAUGAAGAUUUCAUUUGGAUCCAGGGAAACAUUGAUGGAAUUAUUUUACAACUACAAAAACUAAUUGACCAGGCAGUUGAAGAGCCUAGCUUAGUCUCCCCAAACACUACCUGUGGGUCAUUGACUGAAAGACUACUGAGACAAAAUGCGGAACUGACAGGACACAUCAGCCACCUGACUGAAGAAAAGAAUGAUUUAAGGAACAUGGUUAUGAAGCUGGAAGAGCAGAUCAAAUGGUUUCGGCAGACUGGACCUGGGAGAGAUUACUCUUGUAGGUUUCCCUUCAGCGGUGGUGCCAACAUUGCUACAAUUAUUGCUUCCGAAAAAGAAAUCUGGAAUAGAGAAAAGUUGUCCCUCCAGAAAUCCUUGAAAAAGGCAGAAGCUGAAGUCUGCAAACUGAAAGCUGAACUGAGAAAUGAAGCUCUACUUCAAAAUCUGAGCCCUGAUUCCGAGCAUGCCACUUUAAAGAGAAUUUAUGGUAAAUACCUGAGAGCAGAAAGUUUCCGCAAAGCUCUGAUUUACCAGAAGAAAUAUCUGUUGCUGUUACUGGGUGGCUUUCAAGAAUGUGAAGAUGCCACGCUGGCCCUGCUUGCCCGGAUGGGAGGGCAGCCGGCCUUCACGGAUCUAGAAGGUAUCACCAACCGUCCAAAGGGCUUCACCAGGUUCCGCUCUGCUGUCAGGGUUUCCAUUGCAGUUUCAAGAAUGAAAUUUUUGGUUCAACGAUGGCAUCGAGUCACGGGUUCUGGUUCCAUCAAUAUUAACAGAGACGGCUUUGGACUGAAUCCAGGUGCUGACAAGACCGAUCCAUUGUACCAUUCUUCUGGAGGGCUGGAGCUGUAUGGAGACCCAAGACAUAGUGCGUACCGGACGCGAUCAGAUCUGGACUACCCUAGGUCUCCUUUACCAUUUCAAAAUAGGUACCCAGGCCUUCCAGCUGAUUUAAAUCCUGGCUCCCUAGCCUGUUCUCAGCUUCAGAAUUAUGACCCUGACAGAGCCCUGACAGAUUACAUCACCCGGCUAGAGGCACUGCAGAGACGACUGGGAAUUGUACAGUCAGGUUCAACUACACAGUUUCAUGCUGGCAUGAGAAGAUAGUCCUUUGAAAACAUCAUCAAUCAAAGUUAUUUUAAACAAAAUCCCUUUUAUAAAUCACUGGUUCUUUUGUGCUUUUGUAUUGUGAAUAUUCAGUGGGACCAAUAGGAACACAGCUUAUGAUUGUAUGCAAAUCCCUCGCCAGCACAUGAAAACUGGAAUUUGUAUAUAAGCAUUGUGUAUGCAUUCAUGCACAAUAAUCAUUAGAUUACCUGUAUAUUUGUGGAAUGCUAAUUUAAACAGUUAAGUUAUAAAACCUCGUGUAUUUAUCAAAUGGGUGAAGAAAAAUUAAACUUUGGCACAUUA